AUGGCAAAACAAGGUGUUAUUCCGGUUGCUAAGCGAUGGAAAUUUCAUGACCAUGUUCAUAUUGAGAAACUUAAGGUCAAGGCGGUUGUUGGACCUGAUUCAUGGGACCAAUUGAAACCUCAAAAUCUGAAUAUCUCAUUGCAUAUGGCUACUGAUUUCAGUAAGUCAUCACGCUUGGACGAUCUAAAAUAUUCACUUAACUAUGCUGUUAUCUCCAAGGAUAUAGGUGACUACAUCAAGAAAAAUAGUAAAAGGAAUUUUAAGGACUUGGUUUCAAUUGGAAAGACUAUUGUAGAUUACACUAAGAAAACCUACCCUGGAAUCAUUGACCUGAAAGUUGAAGUUCAAUCUAAAGAAGGAAACAUCAGAUCAAACGACAUCCGGGGCAUUGUGCAUAGUUCUGAUGAAGAAACGAAUGAAGUACUAAUAGCAGAUUUCAAAAUGUUGACAUUGAUUGGUGUAUUUACUUUCGAGCGUAUGAAAAGACAGUUUGUUGAUUUUACAAUUCGUUUACCUGUGGAAGAUGGUUCAGAUGUACCGCCUUAUAAUACAAUUAUAUCACAGAUCACUGAUUAUGUUGAAAAAUCAAACUUCAAGACUGUAGAAGCCUUGGUUGAAACAGUAUCUCAGGUCAUUCUAACGCAAAACGAAUACUUCAUAGAGAGGCCGAAGUUGCCGAUAAGUGUCAAGGUUAUAAAGUUGAACGCCAUCAGCGAAACUGAUGGGGUUGGAGUUUCAUGUUCACACUGUUAUGAUGAUUUUAGAUCUUCAGGGCCCGUGGUAAUGGAACAAGCGGAGAAGAAUGAAACAUUAACAAAUUUUGACCUCCCUGUUAAUACGUUUUCCUUGGAUAAAGAUUCUUGGAAAUCAGCAGUUUUGGCUUUUGGUUCAAAUGUUGGUGAUAGAUUUAAAAAUAUUGUUGAUGCUAUGAAUCUCUUAAAUGCACAUGAACAGGUCAAAAUUAUUUCCACCUCUUCUUUAUUCGAAAGUAACCCAAUGUAUUUCAAAGAUCAGACAUCUUUUCUUAAUGGAUGUGUUAAGAUUAAGACCAGGUUAUUGCCAGAUGAGUUACUUAAACUUUGUAAAAAAAUUGAAUAUGAUGAGUUAAGGAGAAUAAAACAUUUUGAUAAUGGACCUCGAACGAUUGAUUUGGAUAUUGUUAUUUAUUAUGACUCGACAGGGCAAGAUGUUACUGUUAAUACUGAAGUUCUAACUAUUCCUCACCCUAGAUUGAUUGAAAGAAGCUUUGUUCUUGAACCACUAUGUGAAUUAGUAAGCCCAACUCAGAUACAUCCGAUUACAGCCGAAACAUUCCAUGACCAUUUGAAUCAAUUAUAUCAAAAUGAAAAUUCUGAAGAUCUGCUCUGGAAGGUUGUACCUACGGGUGAUAAAUUCCUAAAGUUUCGAACUGAAUGGCAACGUGAUUUGUUGACAGAUGUAAGGGUACCGGUUUCUAAAUCAAACGGCUAUUUAAUGGGGAUUGUAAAUGUUACUCCAGAUUCAUUUUCUGAUGGUUCUGCAGAGUAUGAUAAUCUCAGUGCGGUUAUGAGUAGGAUUGACACCAUGGUGUCUGAAGCUCUGGAAUUACACGAUAUGAUUAUUCUUGACAUCGGCGGUUGCUCAACAAGGCCAGGGUCUAUCCAAGCUUCUGAAGAAGAAGAACUAUCGAGGACAAUUCCCAUUAUAGAUGCAGUUACCACCUCUAAAACAUUACCUUUAGAUAAGAUUGUUUUGUCAAUUGAUACAUAUCGCUCUGCUGUAGCAGAGGCUGCUAUACUUGCCGGUGUUGGCAUUAUCAAUGAUAUUUCGGGUGGAACUUUUGAUCCUAAAAUUCUCCAGGUUGUGGGUAAGUAUCCUAAUGUUGCUUAUGUUUUGUCCCAUAUUAGAGGCACCAUAGAAUCUAUGUCCACCCAAACCUCAUACUUAACUACAGAUGAUUCCGUAGAUGAAUUCAUAUUGGAUAAGAAGAGUGACAGCGACAAAGAUGAAAUCUUGUUUAUUAGGACUAUUGGUAGAGAGGUAUGUUCAAAAUUCGAGGAGUUAUUCAAGAACAACAUUUUCCGUUGGCAACUUUUCCUUGAUCCAGGGAUUGGCUUUGCUAAAGUUGGAAAGCAAAACUUGGAUAUUAUCAAGCACCUUCAGCUCUUGAAAAACUACUCUUGUAUUAAACAAAACGAGUAUUAUUCGCUGGUUAAUCUUCCCGUUUUGCUAGGACCAUCAAGAAAGAAGUUUAUUGGUGAUAUAACUAAUAUACCAGUCGCCAAGGAUAGAGAUUUCGUUACUGGUGCUAUUUUAUCUUCAGCCUUGGCGAAUGGAUGUGAUAUAGUGAGGGUACAUGAUGUUCGUAAUAACAGCAAAGUUCUAAAACUAGCGAACGAAUUGUACAGAGACUAA